AUGGUGGUGCUCAUGGACCCUGGCGAGGACACGCUGUGCGCACACCGGUCGCGGGAGAAGACCUUCAUCUUCAACACUGUUUUCGACCAGCAUGCGUCACAGGAAGGCGUGUAUCAUGCCACCCCCCAGCACCUGGUGGAAGGUGUCAUUUCUGGAUACAACGCGACGGUGUUUGCCUACGGCCCCUCAGGCGCAGGGAAGACCCACACCAUGCUGGGCACGGACGCCGAGCCCGGCAUCUACCUGCAGACCCUCACCGACCUCUUCCGGGCCAUCGAGGACAGCCGCGACAACGCGGACUGCAGUGUGUCCAUGUCUUACCUGGAGAUUUAUAACGAAGUGAUCCGGGAUCCCCUGAGCCCAUCCUCGGGGUUCCUGGACCUGAGGGAGGAUUCUCGGGGCAGCAUCCAGAUCGCAGGCAUCAUGGAGGUCUCCACCUCGAACGCCCAGGAGAUCGUGCAGCUCCUCACCAAGGGCAGUCGGCAGCGCACGCAGGAGCCCACGGCCGCCAACAGGACAUUCUCCCGCGCCCACGCCGUGCUGCAGGUCACCGUUUGGCGGCGGAACCGCGGCGCAGACGCGCUGGAGGGAGUGCGUGUCAGGAGGCUCUUCCUGGUGGACCUGGCCGGCUCGGAGCGGGCGUCGCAGACCCAGAACCACGGCAAGAGGAGGAAGGAGGGCGCCCACAUCAGCCGCUCCCUGCUGGCUCUGGGCAACUUCAACGCGCUCAGCGAGAAAAGCGGCCGCCGGGCGCAGUACGUGAACUUCCGGGACAGCAAGCUCAAGCGCCUGCUGAAGGACGCCCUAGGAGGGAACAGCCGCACAGUGAUGAUCGUGCACAUCAGCCCAGCCAGCACGUCCUUCGAGGAGUCCCGGACCACCCUGCUGUACGCCUACAGGGCAAAGAACAUCAAGACGCGGGUGAAGCGCAAUCUCCUGAACGUGUCCUACUGCAUCGCGCAGUAUACGGACGUCAUUUCUGACCUGCGCAGGGAGAUCGAGCGCCUCCAAUCCAAAACUGAGACGCAGGAGGUGGAGAAGAGAGUCAUGAGUCCCCCCUACGAUGGAGAGGAGGAUAGCCGCCUGCAGAUGAACAAGAUAUGGGCGCAGCUCAUCGGGGCCUUCAAGGAGGAGUUGGAGAUGCGGCGCAGCCUGGUGGAGCUGGAGAACACCAAUAUAGAGCUGCACGUUGACACAUCGUGCUACCUGCUGACCAUUGCAGACUGGGAGCGGGAGGAGACCCACCAGCACGCGCACAGUGACGGGACGCCAGAGAGGGAUGAGGAGCCGGCAGAGGCCGAUGCGGAUGGGGACAAGGGCGAGUCCGCGGAGCCGCUCGAGGUGGCUCUGGCCAGAGAGGAGGUCAACAUGCUUCUGGCCGAGCAGCGGAAAACCGCGGCCCUCAAGGCGGGGGAGGGGUCUGCACAAGCAGGUCACAACAGGCCUGGGGACGUAAAGAUGAAAAAGACCGUCUCCGUGACUUACGCUGUCGGUGUGCCGGGCUCUUCCCAUCAUCACGGACAGCGUGGUGUUGCGGUAACAGACGUGCGGGCAGGCGGCUGGGGGCUGGCCGGGCUGGAGCAGCGGCUGGCUAACGCCAAGAGGAAGGCGCUGCAGCUGGAGAAGCUGCUGCCCACGCAGGUCAUCAGCGAGGACCAGCGGGAGGUUCUGCGGCUGCUGUGCCGGGCCCACGAGCUGGAGCUGGAGAACACCGAGCUGCGGGCCGGCAAACUCCGCCGGAGGCACCUGCUCUGUCAGAAGGACUUCGUGAUCCAGCAUCACCACCAGCGCUGGUUGGAAUAUCUGCCUUCAAACUUCCAAAAAAAGAAGACACUGUCUUUCGCCCAAAUCCCGGUGCCGGAGGCCCUGGACCAGCGCUUUCGCCGGUACUCGCGGGAGCUGGGCGAGGGCUCGCUGAACCGUCUCUUGUUGCUGCACUCGGUCACGUCCAGCUCCCUGCAGACGCGCUUCCAGAACUCAGGAAAGCUGUUCUACUGA